AUGCCACACGCAACGGCGUCCCCGACCGCUGAUGCCGAAGAUGCCGACUUUGAUAAUGUCAUGCGGCAGAUGAACGGCCCCAUGACGGAUGGUGGCAUGUCCUUUGAUUUUCUAUCUCGAGAACUGGAACCCGGCGAGAAAGCGGAUGACGCGAUAGACUACGAAGAUUUCGACGAUGAUGACCUCCCAGAAGAAGAAGAAAUCAGUCACCGCAAGGCAGAAGCGCCGGCGGGAGACGACCUUGACAAUUUCGAAGCAUCCGACGACGCAUUGUUCGGAGGUGGUGAUGAUCUCUUUGCCGCACCGGAACAACACGAAGAAGCCCCUCGCGAUGAGUUUGAUGAUUUAUUCGGCGAAGAGCCGUCGUCUCCCCAACCAGACCAGGCCGAUACGACUAGAGAUUUGUUCUUCGAGGAGGAAAGAGGUACCGUAGUUGAGAGACAGGAUGUUAUGGAUGAGGAUCAGGAAUCUUUGCAGGAUGAUGGCACACUCACCCCGAUUGCUGAGGAUAUGGAUCCUGUUGCCCUUCGCGCAUGGAAGUUGCAGCAGGCUCUUUUCGCGAUGUCGAAUAUCGGUCCUGAUAACCCCCCCGCACCCCCGGAAAACGUCGAAGAACUGCUUCAGUCUCUGUUUCCGACGUUUGAUCGAAAUACUCUUCCGCGCUUUCUCGAACUGAUCCCGCAUAAAAAGGCGCACUUCCUCGGAAAGCAGCCCCUGAAACCGCCCAAGCCGGUUAUCCCUAGCAAGGUCAAUAUCGAAUUAGCCCAUGAUCAAGAGAAAGCUUUUAGGUCGGCGGGGCAAGCCUACAAGCGCUCGCUGGAGCCAGAGCAUUAUGGUAUCGUGCCUAUUGCUGAGGCCUCCCAGGAAGAAGAAGAGGAGGAGCCAGUUCAAAACGAAUUCGAUCUCGACUAUGAAUCUGACGAGCCACUGCCGAAUGGUAUCACCUCCGAGGAUCUUCGAGUGGUAUGCGCGAAUUGGGAGAUUCAAGAUGCCCAGGACGAUAUCUCCAUUAUGGACGUUGAUGAGCCCGCGGCGGAGAGCGGCGAGGAUGACUGGCUGCUCGAAACCACCCGGCCAGCAAAAAAGCGCAAACUUGGCCGUGAUCCAAUGGAGAUUAUUUCGCUUUCACAUAUCGAAUUGCCUCUCUUAGAUGAUCCAGUGCAGGCCAGUUCGCGAGUCGCUCAGAAAGUCACCCUCGAUCUUAACGACCCACAUUUGCUUCUCGAUGAACAAGGUCCUGAGGCUGCUCCUAAACCCAGAACAUCUGGCGCGCGGGGCAGAGAGGAGAUCGAUGCCAAUAUCACUCGUCGGCUUACAUCCCGGUACAAUAUCUCGAACGACCAAGCUUACGACAUGCUUAAGCAGAAUCACCAGAACAAGGUCCGAAGUACCCUUGGAAAUGUUACUUUGGAACACAGUAUGCCCGCCCUACGGCUGCAAUGGCCUUACUACAAGACAGAGCUGGCCAAGGCCGAAGCACGAUCGUUUCAUCGCCCGGCCCUGUCCUUCCGUCCAGGCCAAAGCUGUUGGUUCAAGAACCCCGCGUAUAUCAAGCGCAAACAUCAAAAGGGAAAGGAUAUCCGAACCCUUUACGAUUCAACGAAGUCGCUCUCCCUGGCAGACAACUCCCACGUCCUCCUGGUCGAGUAUUCGGAAGAGUCGCCGCUUUGUCUAUCAAACUUCGGUAUGGCCAACCGCAUUAUCAACUACUACAGAAGAAAGAGUAUGGAGGAUCCGACACGGCCAAAAGCAGAGAUUGGAGAGACUGUUGUCCUCUUACCGCAAGACAAAAGUCCCUUCUCAAUAUUUGGCCACGUUGACCCGGGAGAUGUGACGCCAGCUAUCUCCAACUCCAUGUACCGUGCGCCGCUGUUCCCGCAUCAAGCCAAGUCCACGGAUUUCUUGAUCGUUCGAAACAGUACCGGAACGGGUGGUAGCGAUUACUUUAUUCGCAAUAUUGACAACAUGUUUGUUGCUGGGCAGCAGUUCCCAUCAGUUGACAUUCCAGGACCCCACUCUCGAAAGGUCACGACUGUUGCGAAGAACCGCAUGAAGAUGCUCGUAUACCGUCUACUGAAGAAGAGUCCAGAUCUCCGACUGUCUAUUAGCGAUGUCACUGCCCACAUUCCCGGCACAAGCGAUAUGCAAAAUCGACAGAAGGUCAAGGACUUCCUGCAGCACGAUAAAGAUACCAAGUACUGGGUGCCUUUGGAGCCAGUGCCUGAGCCAGAUAUUAUAAGGUCAUGGGUUCAGCCAGAAGAUGUCUGUCUUUUGGAGGCAAUGCAGGUCGGCCAACAGCAUUUGCACGAUACCGGCUUUGGUAAUGAUGCCGAGACGGGCGGUGAUGAAGAUGAAGAUGCAGAGGGCGAGAGCUUUGAGCAGCAAAUGGCGCCCUGGAAAGCCAGCCGAAAUUUCUUGCUCGCAUCACAAGGAAAGGCCAUGCUGAAACUUCAUGGAGAGGGCGAUCCCACUGGUCGUGGCGAAGGUUUCAGUUUCAUUAAGACUUCCAUGAAGGGAGGGUUCAAGGCCAUUGGAGAGAGUGUUGAAGAUAAGCUAGAUGCACAACGACUCAAGGAGCUCGGUGGUCAUAGCUACAAUGUUGCGCGACAACAAAAGUCAUACGAGACGUCGAUCCGUCGCAUCUGGGACGCCCAGAAAGCGAGUCUGUCUUCGACAAUCGAACACUCGGAUGAUGACGAUGACAUGUCUGCUGAUGAAGAAGAAGAACGGUUUGGCAAGCCCACGCCAAGAUCGGAAGCCCCUACACCUGCUCCCGGCCGGCGUGAUGAUGAAACGACCAGUCAGUUCAGUAGAAUGAGCAUGUCCGACCAGAGGGGUAAAGUACUACGCAUCAUCCGGCAAGUCAAGGACAAGGACGGCAUUCACCAGAAGGAGACCUUGGUUUGGGAUCCUAAGGUGAUUCGGCAUUACAUUCAACAUCGCCAUCGGGUUGAGUCACUCACCACAAAACUCGACUCUCUCAAACCAACGGGCGAUCCAGAAGUGGAUGCUCGUAACAAGAAGCUGUAUGCCCUUCGGACACUCCCCCCCCCUCGUUUUUCUUCCGUGCCCUCCCGCGAAUUCCCCCUAACGUGUGGCAGUAUCGAGCAAGAACUCAGCCGUCUCAACCGCAACAAAGAACGCCGCUUCGCGCGCGAGAAGCAAAAAGGCGUCCUUCGCACAUCCGGCGACUCCCCCGCUGACGGGGCCCCAGGAUCUUCCAAGUCAGCAGGGACCCAGCGCAAAUGCGCCAACUGCGGCCAGGUCGGCCACAUCAAGACAAACAAAAAGUGCGUUCUGAACCGCUCCGUCAAUGCGGACGAUGGUUUCCCUACCUCCUUUGAUAUCUCCAAUUCCUUUUUCUCUUCCUCAACCCCUUCUCUUCCCAAACGCUCCGUCUCGUUUGCUCUUUAGCAUUCGAACUCUCUUUCCAUUCUUUUCAGGUCCGCUUCUGUACCCAAGCGGCGAGCAGGGCCCAAUCAGUCUACAUCAGGAUCCCGUAUCCAGACAGUCCCAUACUGUGCUGGCCAGCCAAUUAUCCCCAUUAAGGACCCAUUCUCAUUGCCAUCUGCCUAUCUGCUGGACCCAUCUACGGCCCUACUCUUCCCAGUAGCCAAGCUAACAAUUCCGCUCUGCUUUGCGCAACAGACUUUGCCCGCUUCUCAACGGUAC